AGUGAGUUCUAUACAUAUACUCAAGUAGACAGCUAUACCUUUCAUUUGAACGCUGUGUCCAAGUACGCUGACCUGACCAACAUGAGGCCAAACUGUCCAGAUAUUCAAGUCAUUGGAAGCUUUCGGUCAAUUAUUCCGAGUCUUACUGUCAAUUGGUUCUGUGUCUGUGACAAAACAACGAAUGGUCUAUGUCAACCCGUAGUUGGGACAGUACCAGAAGCCUCAACAACAUCAACAGCGUCUAUAACGACUUCAACAACAGCUACAACAGCAUCCAGCCUUCAAACAGCGUCAUACACCAGCAGCGGACUGACCAACUUAUUCAACUACUCCAGCAGUAACAAUGCGGACACGAUCUACGGCUGGACAUGUCUGACCUACACUGAGUACGUGCCAACUUGUGGAUGGAAGCUGAUCCUUUAUUCUUCACACCCACUCACAGGCAUGGCAGGUGGCGCUGAGUUCUAUACGUAUACUCAAGUGGACAGCUAUACCUUUCAUUUGAACGCUGUGUCCAAGUACGCUGACCUGACCAACAUGAGGCCAAACUGUCCAGAUAUUCAAGUCAUUGGCAAUUUCAAAACAAUUAUUCCAAGCCUAACAGUCAACUGGUACUGCGUGUGUAACCAAACAACGAAUUCUAUUUGCCAGACGAUAGCGCGAGGAGUUACAACAUCAACGGAAACACCAUCAACGACCUACACCAUUACAGGUGCUCAGAACGUAGGCGCUGUUGCUGAAGUCAGCUAUGCAUCAUCAGAUCAGACAAGUCUGGCGGAGGCGCCAGUAUCGGACAUGACGUACGACUACGCUGGGUCGCAAGGUGGAAGUGACGUGGUGGUUGAGACACCAUCCACCCUAGAGACAUCCACUACUUCGACCACAGAACCAACAUCUUCCACCUCAGCCACAGAGUCAACGACAUUUUCUACUUCAACCACACAACCAACCACGACAUCUACUACAACCACACAACCAACCACGACAUCUACUACAACCACACAACCAACCACAUCUACUUCAACCACAUCAUCGACUUCUACCACACAACCAACCACGACUUCUACUACAACCACACAACCAACCACGACAUCUACUACAACCACACAACCAACCACAUCUACUUCAACCACAUCAUCGACUUCUACCACACAACCAACCACGACAUCUACUACAACCACACAACCAACCACAACAUCCACUUCAACCACAUCAUCGACUUCUACCACACAACCAACCACGACAUCUACUACAACCACAUCAUCAACUUCUACCACACAACCAACCACGACAUCUACUACAACCACAUCAUCAACUUCUACCACACAACCAACCACGACAUCCACUACAACCACAUCAUCAACUUCUACCACACAACCAACCACGACAUCUACUACAACCACACAACCAACCACAUCUACUUCAACCACAUCAUCUACUUCUUCCACACAACCAAGCACGACAUCUACUUCAACCACACAACCAACCACGACAUCUACUACAACCACGCAGCCAACUACAUCCUCCACUUCAACUACACCUUCAACAACAGCUUCAACAUCUACCUCAACAACCACCACCACCACCACAUCAGCGUUGUCAGCAUCCUCCUCUACUAACGUAUUACCAUCCAGCAUGAAAUCGGCGCUUUUAACUGAAAUUGUCAACUCAUGUCAGACCAGCAACCUGGCAACAGUGGUACUGUGGAGGCCUGACCUGUUCACGUGCGCCAUCCAGUGCUUGAGCUUCGUCAACUGCUCGGGCGUUAACUACUGGGCGAAAACCCAGAGGUGUGACAUUGUAUACGUCACCACCACCAGCACUAGCUCAAGUUCAACAUCUGGCUCUGGAAGUUCCGGCAGUGGGACAUCAGGCACCAGUGGAUCAGGGACUAGUGGAUCAGGCACGAGUGGAUCAGGCACUAGUGGAUCAGGCACUAGUGGAUCAGGCACCAGUGGAUCGAAUAGCGGAAGUAGUGUAACGUCAGGGAGCAGCAGUACCUCUGUAUCAGGGUGUCAAUUCUAUAUAAUAGAUAGGCUUUAGUUAGCCUCAACUUUAUGGGUUUUUGUAUUGUUGUAAAUUGCGCCUGUACACUAUAAACGUUGUGAUAUCUACACUGACAUGUUAAGAACCUUUUAGUUACUUUAACCCUAUCUUCCUUUGGCGAGAAACUAAUUGACAAAAAAGAAAGAUAAUUCAAAGGUUAGCUCUUUGCUAUAUAGGUCGCAACUGGGUCUACGUAGUCAGGUGAAACAAUGCACUCAUUCCAUAAUCUUCGGAAUCGAAGACAUCGCCAUGAUAAAGAGUUGGAAGUGACAGAGUGACAGGG